ACAAGUCCGGACACAUGCCGGCAGUGACCGCUAUACGAACGCCCCGCAACACGUCCGCUCACGUGUGCAGUCCGUGACAGCGUCGCGCAGCGGGGACGCGCGGCUGUUUACCCAGCGAGGGCCGGGGGUGCUGCAGGGGCCCUAUUAAAGACGACGUCAUGAUUAUACACUGAACCGGAGUGUAAAAACAGUGGAGAGGUGGAUAUGAAUGAUCACGUCCGUGUGAACUGUCUCGUCAUGCGGGGCGUGCUACCUGUCAGGGCUGCGGAGCUGUAAGCGCGCGCGCGGUGGAGCGCGGCCGAGUGCGCUCGAGCACGACGAUGGACCCCGCCGACGAGCUGACAUCUGCCGCCGCGACCGGGAACGCGGAGCUCGUGAGGACUUUGCUGGAGAGCGGAGUCGCUGCCAAUGGGCUGAACCGCUUCGGACGGACCGCUCUGCAGGUGAUGAUGAUGGGCAGCGUCCCGGUGGCCCGACUCCUGCUGUCGCACGGCGCGGACCCGAACCUGGGCGACCCGCUCACGGGCUCCACGCCCCUGCACGACGCCGCGCGCCUCGGAUUCCUGGACACCGUGCGGCUCCUGGUCCGCUUCGGAGCCCGCGUCCACGCCACGGACCGCAACAUCCAGAGGCCCGUGGACCUCGCGCAGCAAAACGGACACGUGGACGUGGAGGCUUUUCUUCGCUCUUGUAGAAUGUGAAGUAUGUUUUUUUUUUAUCAUUUUUCUAUGUAUCCCGUAAUGUCUGUGCUUGUAUUUACCUCGAGUCGAAGCUAUUUUUGUCCGAGGGACUAAAUGAGCCGCUUGUUCCGUUUACACAGCAGCAGCAGGGUAAUGUUUACUCUGUUAAUUGAAGGUAAGCACCUGAUGAAAGGUACGGCGGCGAAAGGUGGAUUCUAACCACCUGGGUCGUUCCCCGUUAGGAAUCGAUGUGACCACAGGCACAGCGCUGCCCUUACGAGUUCUUACACGUGACACUCGUUCGUUAUAACUGUACUAUUUCGUGUUCAUUUUCAUUGGUCAUUUUCGCUCAAAAUGAAAAAGGCGGCGACAGUGAAAAGUGACCCGGU